GUCCCGGGUUCCGGCAGAUAUAAUAUAACUGCAAUCGCUGUCAACAAAUUUUGCAAUAACGCAUGGUGAAUUAACAUGUCAGUUAUUGAAGGAAUAUAGUAAAAUGAGAACAACAACAACUGAGAAGUUGGCCGAGCUGCAGGGUAACCCUGGCAACGUGCGAAAUAUUUGUAUUCUGGCCCAUGUUGAUCAUGGAAAGACAACUCUAGCUGAUGCAUUAGUAGCCAGCAAUGGGAUUAUUUCCCAAAGAAUGGCUGGAAAGCUGCGGUAUCUGGACAGUCGGGAAGAUGAACAGAUCCGUGGCAUUACCAUGAAGUCAAGUGCCAUCUCGCUACACUUUCAUAAUGAUACUGGAGAGUUCCUUGUGAACCUGAUUGACUCACCGGGCCAUGUUGACUUCUCCAGUGAGGUCUCCACGGCCGUACGACUCUGUGACGGGGCCAUUGUUGUUGUCGACGUUGUGGAGGGUGUCUGUCCCCAGACCCAUGCAGUGCUGCGCCAGGCGUGGUUGGAGAAUAUCCGUCCGAUUCUCGUACUCAACAAACUCGACCGCCUCAUCACAGAGCUUGAGAUGGAGCCACUCCAGGCCUUCAUACACCUACAGCAGAUAUUGGAACAGGUGAAUGUUGUGACGAGUGAGCUAUUUACGGCAGACGUGAUGUCCUUAUAUUCUUCGGAUCCCACUCAAACUGAGGGGGGCACUCAACAGACACAUGACUGGCACGAGGAAGCAGACGAACAAGAGCACAAGAACAUUUACUUCUCCCCCGACCUCGGCAACGUCGUGUUUGCUUCCGCCUACGAUGGAUGGGGAUUCACGAUUGACCAGUUUGCCGAUAUCUAUGGCAAGAAGCUUGGUAUGAAUGUAGAAGGCCUGCAGAAAACAUUGUGGGGCGACUUCUUCCUCAACAGCAAGACAAAGAGGAUCAUGAAGGGUGCCCAGUUAAAGGGGAAGAAACCACUGUUUGUCCAGUUUGUAUUGGAGAGUAUCUGGUCUGUGUACGAGGCUGUGUUAAUACGGCGUGAUAUGGAAAUGACAAAAAAGAUACAGGCAUCCCUUGGGCUGAAGAUGAAUGUACGGGACACGCGGCAGAACGACACCCGUGUCCUGCUGCAGGCCAUGAUGGGGCAGUGGCUUCCUAUCUCAAGUGCUGUGCUGGGUAAGGUUGUGGAGAAGCUGCCAUCGCCCCUGGAGAUUGCAGAAGAGAAGAUUGAAAAGUUAAUGUGCAACCAGGCCCGACGCUUCGACUCCCUUCCUCCACAGACACAGGCUCUCAAACAGGAUUUCCUGGCGUGCAGCUCAUCUGAAGAGAAGCCUACAAUCAUAUUUGUGUCGAAAAUGGUUCCAGUGGACAAGACUGCACUUCCUCAAAAUAAACAGAGGCCACUCACAGAGGCGGAGCUAGAGAGGCGACGUGAGGCAGCCAGACAGAGGCAUGCGGUCAGGAUGGAGCAGAGGCAGGCCGCGGAGGAGGGUGGAGCCGAGACACAGGGGAAGGAGAAUGGACAGGCAGAUGGGCAAGCUGUGGCAGACUGGCCAGCUAAUAAACCCGGUGUGGCUGAGGACCUGGAGGGGCAAGUGUUUGUUGGUUUUGCCCGGGUGUAUAGUGGGAGGGUACGUAAGGGACAGAAGCUCUACGUCCUCGGCCCAAAACAUGACCCCGCUCGUGCUCUACAAAAGCUGACAGAAGCCAGGGACCUUGAUGCCACGGCAACUGUUUCAGACCUGUCAAGUGAUGAUCAUGUGACUGUUGCCACGGUGACAGACCUCUACAUGUUCAUGGGCAGAGAACUGGAGGCCCUGGAGAGUGUUCCCGCUGGAAAUGUGCUGGGCAUAGCAGGUUUGGAGGACCAUAUUCUCAAGUCUGGGACAGUGUCGAGCACUGUGGCAUGUACAGCAUUCACUGACUUGUACUUCGACGCCUCACCAAUCCUCAGAGUGGCUCUAGAACCAACACACCCAGGUGAGAUGGGUAAACUGGUUUCUGGCCUGCGACUGUUGAACCAGGCAGACCCGUGUGUCCAAGUUCUCGUGCAAGAAACCGGAGAGCAUGUGAUCGUCACCGCUGGGGAGGUCCAUCUCCAGAAAUGUCUGGACGAUCUCCAACAGAGGUAUGCAAAGAUAGAGAUCACAGCCUCAUCCCCUAUUGUUCCUUUCCGGGAGACGAUUGUUCCCCCACCCACAAUGGACAUGGUGAACGAAAGCAUUAUCACCCAAAAUUCAGGGAACGGUAACGUCAUUCGGAAGGAGUUUGAAGAUGACGAGGAAGUGCUUGAACGUGGUCUGGUCAGAAUUUACACGCCCAAUAAAAGCUGCAUGGUCCAGAUAAGAGCCCUUCCCCUCCCACCUGAGGUUACAGACUACCUUGAUGAAAAUCAGCUUCUGAUUAAAACACUUGAUCAGUAUGUGUCGAGUAAGAUUUCGGAUAGGCAUAAGGCUGAUAUUCAGGUGGGGUCAAAGUUGAAGCAGUCAACAAAGGAGGCAAUGAAGGAAUUUAAGGAGAAACUCGAAAAGUUAUUCACUGAAGCUGGGAAGCAGUGGAAAGAUUUUGUCGAACAUAUUUGGGCAUUUGGCCCAAAAAGGGUUGGGCCAAAUAUUUUGGUGAAUAGAGUUGAAGAAUAUGAUAGAUUGUCAAUAUGGGACUGCUUGUCUAAUGAAAAGCAGAAGGGAAAAGUGUUUGUGCGUGACUAUGAAUACAGUGUGAUGUCAGGUUUCCAGCUGGCUACAUUGACUGGUCCACUAUGUGAUGAACCGAUGAGAGGUGUGUGUUUUGUGAUGGAAAAAUGGGAGGUUGCGGGUAACCAGCCUAAGAUGGAAAAGAAUACAGAGAGAAUAGACAAAAAUGAAAGAAACAGUGAAAUAUGUGGUGAAAACCUAGAAAUUAAGUUAUCAAAAGUCAGUUUAGACACAAAUUCCAUUGAGUCAAAAUCAAAAGAGACUUUAUCUGAAUGUAAUGGUUCCUCAAAAGAUUCUGACACUAAAUCUCAUGAAAAUGGAUUAACUAACAGAAGUGUAAGCAUAACAAGUGACAAAGAUGAAACCGAGGAAGAACUGGUGCCCAGCUCCAAAGGUCAAGGUCAGAAUCUUGUCCAAGGUCACAUGUCAGGUCAGCUAAUUUCCAUAGUAAAGGAGGCGUGUCUGAAGUCAUUCCAGACCCAACCACAGCGGCUAAUGGCUGCCAUGUACAAGUGUAACACACAGGCUUCCACUGAGGUCCUGGGCAAGUUGUUUGCAGUGAUCGGGAAGCGUCAUGGGCGUAUAUUGCAGGACGAGAUGCGUGAAGGCUCGCAGAUGUUCAACAUUCUUGCCUCCAUUCCCGUCGUGGAGAGCUUCGGGUUCGCAGAGGAGAUUCGUAAACGCACCAGUGGCUUCGCCAGUCCCCAGCUUGUUUUCAGUCACUGGGAGGUGAUUGAUUUAGAUCCAUUCUGGGUGCCCACGACUGAGGAGGAGAUCAUGCACUAUGGGGAGAAGGCCGACUCAGAAAACCGCGCCCGGGUGUACAUGAACAACGUGCGGGAACGCAAAGGACUCAAGGUCGAUAAGAAAAUUGUUGAACACGCAGAAAAACAGAGAACGCUUACCAGGAAUAAAUAAAGUGGAUUUGUUGAUAAAGUGUUAUGGAGACUCAGAGAAAUAAAUGAAUUUUGAGUAAUGUCUCUCACUGUUUGAAAUAAGUUGUGUUAAAAUUUACAGCUAUGCAGAAAUAACGUUAAAUCAAUGGUUUGUAAUGGUCAUCUUGUGAUAAGUUAAUGUUUAGAUAAUGGAUUUUAAUUGCAAAUUCAACUCUUCGCUGUUAUCAUUUUGAAUACGGUAAUUAUGUGGGUUAUUAAAUUUCUAAACAACCAGUAACUUGCCAGACUCUGUUUCUUUCUUGUGUUAUACAAAUUGUUUGAUGCAUCUCAGUAAAGUUCAUGGCCCUUCAGAAUUGACAUCACUACUGGCUCCAAUUUCUCAAAAAAUAUUAAGCUUAGCAAGCUUUAAUGUCUUAUUUCAAUUAGCAAACUGACUGUCUUAAUUUUAAUUUUACACUAUAAUAAAAUAGGAGUUAAUUAUGAUGAUCAAGAAGAUAAUUUUCUUUAACUGUCUAAAAACUCUUUAAAAUGAGAAUAUAACAUAUAAUAAAUCAUACCAAAACAAAAUACUGAGCUUAGUUUGAUUCUGUACGAACAGAGAAAUUGAGUCCUGCUUUCUACCAAGAAAACAAUGGCUGUUUCUAUGAGCUAUGAACUUUCCUAACAACGUAUAAACUAUAGCUGUACACUCAUACGAAACAACUGAUUUCAAUGGUUCUGUAAAUCUCCUGAUUUCAAUGUUAUUUAAAAAUUAAAGCAUAAUAUGCCUGUAUAAUAUUGUAAUAAUUUUCAUUUCAAUAUCUUCCAUAAUGAGGCCUUUUAUAUGAACAUAUUACUUAUUUCACAUCAUGAGACCUGGUGAAAAAAGGUAAUAUAAUGUUAAACUGUAAUAUUGUUGUUGAUACAGAAUAGAUUUCAUCACUGAUACUAUUAAAGUAAUAUAUCAAGUAAUA